CGGUGCCGCAGCGGGCCCGGCGGAGCAGAGCCAUGGCCGCGGGGCUGCUCCUGCUCCCGCUGCUGCUGCCGCUGCUGCCGCCGCCCGGCCGCGGGCAGGGCUUCGGCCAGACCCGCUUCGUCUGCACCUCGGUGCCGCUGGACGGGGACAUGUGCGCUGCCGCCGCGCUGGGCACCGGCUCGGCCGAGGAGCUGAAGAGCACGGUGCUGCAGCUGCGGGAGACCGUGCUGCAGCAGAAGGAGACCAUCAUGAACCAGAAGGAGACGAUCCGAGAGCUCACGGCCAAGCUGGGCCGGUGCGAGAGCCAGAGCGUGAUCGAGCCGCCGCCCGGCGACGGCAAAGGCAGGAAACCGUCGGUCUCCAAAAACACCAUGGGCGACCUGUCACGGACACCCGCAGCCGAGACCCUCAGUCAGCUGGGACAGACGCUGCAGUCGCUCAAGACCAGGCUGGAGAACCUGGAGCAGUUCAGCAGGAUGAACUCCUCCAGCCAGACCAACAACCUGAAGGACAUCCUGCAGAGCAAAAUCGACGACCUGGAGAAGCAGGUUCUGUCCCGGGUGAACAGCCUGGAGGAGGGCAAGUUCAACCCCCGGAACGAGUCCGAGGAGCGCGGCAAGAUCGAGAGCACCCUCACCUCGCUGCACCAGCGCAUCAGCGACCUGGAGAAAGGCCAGAAGGACAACCGUCCCCCGGACAGGUUCCAGCUCACCUUCCCGCUGCGCACCAACUACAUGUAUGCCAAGGUGAAGAAGAGCCUGCCCGAGAUGUAUGCCUUCAGUGUCUGCAUGUGGAUAAAGUCCAGCGCGUCCCCCGGCAUGGGCACCCCCUUCUCCUAUGCUGUGCCUGGGCAGGCAAACGAGCUGGUGCUCAUUGAGUGGGGCAACAACCCCAUGGAAAUCCUCAUCAACGACAAGGUGGCCAAACUGCCCUUUGUCAUCAAUGAUGGCAAGUGGCACCACAUCUGUGUCACCUGGACCACGCGGGAUGGCGUGUGGGAAGCCUACCAGGAUGGCACGCAGACCGGCAAUGGCGAGAACCUGGCGCCCUACCACCCCAUCAAACCCCAGGGGGUCCUGGUGCUGGGCCAGGAGCAGGACACACUGGGUGGUGGGUUCGAUGCCACGCAGGCCUUCGUGGGGGAGCUGGCCCACUUCAACGUAUGGGACAGGAAGCUGAGCCCAGGGGAGGUCUACAGCCUGGCCACCUGCAGCACCAAGGCGCAGGCGGGCAAUGUCAUCGCAUGGGCAGAAGCCAACAUCGACAUCUAUGGCGGGGCCACCAAGUGGACUUUCGAGGCCUGUCGCCAGCUCAACUAGAGCCACGGACGAGAGAAACCUCCUCAUCGGGUUCUUCUCUUUCUUUGGGUUUUGUUUGGUUGGGUUUUUCCUCCUUUUUUCGCGCUAAACCACCCAAGAACGAAGCCACCCGCCCCAUCCCCGGGAGCAGGGGUGCCCUGGCAGCGGGGUGCCCGCUCCCCUAGCCCCACGAGCCCCCAGUUUCUGUCUUGCCAAUGUCCUUCAAUGCCUGCGUGCCUUGGCCUGGCGUGGCUGCACCCCCCCCGCUGCCCCCCCGGGCCUGGUUUCCGCUUUGCUGCCUCCCCCCCACACCAGGACACCCCCUUCCCCGGGCACCGGCGCCUCCAAAGGCUGUGACCCCUUCACAGGGCUCCUCUCCCUCCAACCUGGAGCCCCCCCAGCAGGGUGGUGCCCCCGGAGCCCGGUUCCAACACCUUCCCCCCCGCUUGGCUGUGCUCCCUCCAGGGAAUGCAGCAGCAGCCAAGGAUGGGAUGACACCAACCCACCCCCCCCCCCCAAGGGACACUGGGGUGUGAGUGCCGCUGUCCCCUUCUCCCAGCACCACAGCCAUAGCCCGGGCUGCGGUGGGCACCGGGACGGGACCCCCCCGGUGGGAUCCCCCCCACUGGCCCUGCUCCCUGUCCUGCUGCACUCAGGUACAUCCCCCCCCGGCCCUGCGCCUGCAGCCCCCCAAGGCCUCCUCGUGCCGUAGCUGGUGACAAAGAGCCUUUACCCUGCCCUCGAGUCUGGCUCCCACUGAGAUGUCUGAAGCCUUUCUGCUUUUGAUAAACACAAUGUUGUUUCUCUUA